AUGACGGGACUCGUAAAUCGCCACACGAACUGCAAUCUUCAGCUUAAAGCUUCUAGUAUAUUUGCGGAAGUAAACGGUUUUGCAGCGCGUGUUUUAGCGACCCUAACGUACUACAACGACUGCGACUAUAACAUCGAAGGUUUGUUUAUUUUUCCGCAAGACGAGAGAGCAACAGUGGUCGAAUUUGAAGCGACUGUGGAAGAACGUCAUGUGAGUUCGCAAGUUUCCAAAGUUAUCACUCAUACCUCCGAGAAACACUCGUUCGCUUUAGAAGAGCGAGAUGAUGAUCUGUUUUCGUUGAGUUUAGGCAGAAUUCCUCCACUCUCCUCAGUAUUUGUUCAAGUGACUCUCAUUACAGAACUAGGAACAGACAAACCAACUGGUGGCUCGCUGUUUAUUCUGCCGUCUGUUUUUACGCCGCGGCUCGCCAGCGAGGAAGACAUAGAAUCGGAUAUUUACGGCUCGCAAAUGCUGAUUUCCAACAUUCCACGCAAGACACAGGAACCUUACAGCUUUGAGCUUCAACUAGAAGUCUCCGCGCCUUGUUUGUUAGCCGGUUGCUCGUCUCGCACGCACGCGAUACAAGUGGACGCGGACUGCCGGGCGGUAAACGCUUCGCGUAUUCAUAUCACCACGGCCGAAGCGCACACUUAUGAUCGAGAGUUAGAGGUUGUUCUUCACCUCGCGCAUCCCUUUGACCCAUACGUGCUGAUAGAGGAGGGCAAAAAGGAUUUCGACUCCUCACACUUGGACGAUAAAAUGGAUGAAUGCGCAAACCAGUCCGACUCGAUUGAAGAUUUUCACAAGAAAGCGGCGAUCAUGAUAAACUACACUCCUAAACUUACCAACCUUGUCGCUCUCGGAGAAUACAUCUUCCUUGUUGAUCGCAGUGGGAGUAUGAGUGGCGACCACAUUUUUCAUGUUAAAGAAACUUUGAUACUUUGCCUCAAGAGUUUACCUACAAACUGUCACUUUAACAUCAUCGGUUUUGGAUCAUAUUAUCGAAGUUUGUUCCAAGAAAGUCAAGCCUAUAACGAAUCGACGCUAAUCAAAGCUUGCGCGUACGUUCAGAAAAUGAGGGCUGAUCUUGGCGGUUCAAAUCUCUUGCUCCCUUUGGAGUUUAUCUUUGAAAAGCCCACAAAACCUGGAAUCGGGAGAACAGUAUUUCUGCUGACCGAUGGCGGCGUGUCUAACACACCAGAGGUUGUGGAUUUUGUUCGCCAAAAUUCCUAUACCACUCGGUAAGUUUUUUAUAUUACUUUUUCGUUUCUUUUUGAAAUCCUUUUUUCUAUUUAUUAUCUGAAUAAUUCUUUUAGGGUUCGUUUGUUUCUAGCAGAUACGACUUUCUUCAUUACACAGUAUUGAUUGUGAUCCUUUUUUAUGGUUACUUUUUUUCAAUUAAACAGCAGUUUUUUUAACCGAGCGAAUUCUGCAUUAGAGGUGUUAACAAAGUUUUUGCGAAUUAUAUAAUGUCAUUGUUAGGAACUAUUUCAAUCUGCAGUUGUGCCAUAAUGUGCAAUACCUGAUAAACUAACAGCAAGAAAACAGACAGACCGUCACUUCUUGAACUGAUAACAUUAUAGAUAUGUAGCUGACUUCGUUCAUUUUUUUUUCUUUUUUAAAGAAUACCUCUCUCUUGCACGGUUCAAAAUGAAGUGGAAUGGUUUAUUCGAUGCUCUUUCGAUAUUUGGGUUUUAAAAAUUAGCCUAAGAUUGCAUAGAAAACAUUAACUAAAACAUGAUCGUUUUAGUUACGAUUAGACGUACUUCCUGAACAAACAUGGACAUUUAAUACAUACAACAUACAACGUAUACCUUCCUUAUUAUCGCAGAUGAAUAUUUCGCCAUAUGUAUUUUCAGUACAAAAUUCACAAACAGUGUGUUCCUCAAACGUUAAAGUUAUUAAACGUUAUUUCGACAUCGUCUAUUAGCGAAAUAUAGUUCUUUUUCUGCCAUAACACUAGAUAUCCAUACGGACUUUGAAAUAUUGUUUAUAUUCGCCUUGUUUCGCGUAGAAAAGAUUGCUUUGUAUUUAACACACGGAGUAUAUUUUUAAUUAUGACGGGUGAUUUAAAAUAGAAAAAGCCAAUUUGUUGUUUUGCCGGGCAAUUUAUUUCUGCCAUUGAAAAUCCUUAAUUUUAGGGGUACCGCAGAUUUUAGGAACUAAAUCGGCUGAACAAACUCACAAGUUUUAUUUUAGUUAUUUCCGCGGUUUAAAGCAAUAGGAUUAAAGAAAAAUGUCUACCUGAGUUUAUUCAUAUUUUUUUUCCUUUCGCUUGUAGUUAAUUCCUCACGGCUUGAGCCGGAGGACAGUUUUGGUGUAAUUUCUAGCGAAGAUUGUUGCGUCGUAAUUGUUUAUUUCUUGAAUUUGCAUUUCCACAAAUCGAAAACGAAAAAAGUGUGUUAAAUGUGAACUUAGUGAGCUACUUCUAAAGUAUGGGCCGACAUUUAGUGCAAACACUUUGAAUUUGAUCAAGAUACGUGAAUUACAUCGAAACUCUAUCGCGCCAGAUUAACAGCUACAACUAAGGAGUAUUAAAUAAUAGCGUUAUCCUAGGAGAUAUCUAAGUGAUGAAAAAUACUGCUCCGUAUCAUGGGAAAAAAGUCGUUCGGCGUUGCUUUAAUACCAAUUUUAAAUCACGAAAAUCGUCCAUAAAAACAUGCCGGAAAAUGGAGUCAUGCUUCGGCCUUUAAAAGCCACUCAGUAAUGUGGAAUUCGACAGUAGGAGGACUUCUCGGUUAGAAAACAUUUAAACAAGACAGUUAAUGCAUGAGUUUGUAAUUAAUACUGUAUUCGAUGAAGCGAAAUGUUUGCUCUUGCUGAGAUAUUUUUGUUCUCUGGUUGUGUGUUGCUUAGUGCUUGAAACAAGAACUAAUUUGAAGUUCAUGGCGGGGGGAAGAUCUCGUCAGAUCAAGUGUUUUGCUGACACUUCUAUAUCAAUCAAUUCAAACAAAGAAAAAUAGCUUGACAGGUGGUUACUUCAGGUACUGAGCAAAAAAGAAUGAAAAUUAAAAUCCGGAAAUGUUAAUCUUAAAAAAUAGACCACAAAGAUGCUCGUUCGCAAUUUAUACACUGUAUAUUGAAAGGGAGAUAGAGCUACCUAUAAACUCACUUCAAAUUUAAAUACUUGUUUGAAUAAUUUCCAUAUUUUGUACAACAGUAAACAGGUGAUACUUUCUAUUUAUGUAAACUUUAAAACGACUCUUCCAUCAAACUCGUCUUGGAAUUACAGCCAACUGUUUCGUUCUUUUACGACUGAUCUUUUAAAAUUUGUCGUGACAAAACAAUUAGUCUGGAAAGGCGAAAACACCAGAAAUAAAACUGUACUAAACUAAGACUGAGCUUUAAAGUUUCUUCCAGAGUUUCGUGAAAAGACAGACUGAAAGAUCAGACAAUAUAAUUAAAGGCGGCCAUUUUCAUAGGUGAAUAAUUUUGUUUUGUUAAUGUGUUGGCAACAUAUCUCUUUGAACCCGCCGUAUUCUUUAAAUUAUAUUUUCUUUCUUUCUUAAAUUAAAGAAACUAAUCUUGCUCUCUUUGAAAGAGAAAAAUUUUAAGACUGAGGCAAAGUGAAUUACACUCUGUGACGCAUCGAACUGCCUUCGACAGCUGCCGACUAAUUGAUACCACUUUCUCGUUUCCCGCCUUUUCUUGAUUGAAGAGGGCCGAUAUACAGCCCAGGAAGAAAAAGGAUUGUUUUGUUUAUUCAGUCCUGUGGUAUAACAUCACAAUAGCAUAAACUGGCUACCAUGUUCACCUAAGGGACCCCUCAGCUUUGUAAUUGAAUUGAAGGCUGAAUAGGCAUGUUGUCAAAGCUACUACUCGGCCGCUGUCUACUGGUAAAACUGAACGCGGGACAGAAUUUACCUGUUUUUCACGUACGAGCUCUUUAUAGAAGACGUCUAAACCCUAGUCCCCUUUUCGGAACGUUUUUGAGCCCUCUUCCUAGUUCAUACAUUGGCCUCAUCUGUUCCUCGACCAGUAACUAGCUUCUGGUGAGCACUCCCAAUAGUAUCCUAUAUUUUCUGUUUACGUUGCGUCAUAGUUUGUCAGCGCACAGCAGGUAUAAGUAUACAAACAAAAUAAUUAUGUCAUAUAUGCUUUAGGUGUUUGUUUUUUUAUCUUAUGUACUUAGUUUUCAUCUCAAGAAUUACUGUUUUUUUGUUUGUGGUUGUCAGGUUUUACACGUUUGGGAUUGGGCCUGAAGCAUGUCCUAAUUUGGUACAGGGCGUGGCAGGUGCGGGCAAGGGUCAAGCGCACUUUAUAGCUGAAGAUGAGAGGAUGCCAGUUAAGGUAAACAGUAUCUUCAGGGAAGACACGGGGACGGGCAUGUUACAGGGAACAGAGACAUAUCCCUGGGAUAUGUUGUGAGGAUUUGUCUUAGGGCGCGGCAGGUGCGGCUAAGAAUAAAGCGCACUUUAUAGCUGAAGAUGAGAGGAUGCCAGUUAAGGUAAACAGUAUCUUCAGGGAAGACACGGGGACGGGCAUGUUACAGGGAACAGAGACAUAUCCCUGGGAUAUGUUGUGAGGAUUUGUCUUAGGGCGCGGCAGGUGCGGCUAAGAAUAAAGCGCACUUUAUAGCUGACGAUGAGAGGAUGCCAGUUAAGGUAAACAGUAUCUUCAGGGAAGACACGGGGACGGGCAUGUUACAGGGAACAGAGACAUAUCCCUGGGAUAUGUUGUGAGGAUUUGUCUUAGGGCGCGGCAGGUGCGGCUAAGAAUAAAGCGCACUUUAUAGCUGACGAUGAGAGGAUGCCAGUUAAGGUAAACAGUAUCUUCAGGGAAGACGCGGGGACGGGCAUGUUACAGGGGACAGAGACAUAUCCCUGGGAUAUGUUGUGAGGAUUUGUCUUAGGGCGCGGCAGGUGCGGCUAAGAAUAAAGCGCACUUUAUAGCUGAAGAUGAGAGGAUGCCAGUUAAGGUAAACAGUAUCUUCAGGGAAGACGCGGGGACGGGCAUGUUACAGGGGACAGAGACAUAUCCCUGGGAUAUGUUGUGAGGAUUUGUCUUAGGGCGCGGCAGGUGCGGCUAAGAAUAAAGCGCACUUUAUAGCUGAAGAUGAGAGGAUGCCAGUUAAGGUAAACAGUAUCUUCAGGGAAGACGCGGGGACGGGCAUGUUACAGGGGACAGAGACAUAUCCCUGGGAUAUGUUGUGAGGAUUUGUCUUAGGGCGCGGCAGGUGCGGCUAAGAAUAAAGCGCACUUUAUAGCUGAAGAUGAGAGGAUGCCAGUUAAGGUAAACAGUAUCUUCAGGGAAGACGCGGGGACGGGCAUGUUACAGGGGACAGAGACAUAUCCCUGGGAUAUGUUGUGAGGAUUUGUCUUAGGGCGCGGCAGGUGCGGCUAAGAAUAAAGCGCACUUUAUAGCUGAAGAUGAGAGGAUGCCAGUUAAGGUAAACAGUAUCUUCAGGGAAGACGCGGGGACGGGCAUGUUACAGGGGACAGAGACAUAUCCCUGGGAUAUGUUGUAAGGAUUUGUCCCAGGGCGUUUUAAUGUAAACUGUAUCUUCAGGGAUGAUACGGUGGGCGGGCAUGUUACAGGGACCAGGGACUUAUAUCGGGGAUGUGUUGCAAGGAUAUGUCCCAAGGCUUGGCAGGUGUGGGCUAAGGUCAAGCCCACUUUAUAGUGGCCUACCCUGAAGGCGUUUUCAGAGGAGCUCGUAUUUUCGUUCCUCCCCACAAAUGCCUGCUCAACCGAGAACACAUUCUUUCCCAUUGUUUUAUUCGCGUGGUAAGUGACCAGUUUUAACAGUUUUGAAAUUUAGUGUUGACAGGCUAAACACGACUCAGAAGCUCGUGAUGGUGUAAAAACGUGACCCUAGAGAUACCUUUUUCCUUCUUUUCUUUCCUCCGCUAAGGUUAUGCAGUGCACGGAGUAUUCUAAAAUCUGACUAAAUCUCGUAGUCUAACAGUUAUUAAUAACAGAGGUCAUAAAGCUUUCCCAGAGUUUCAUACAGAUCGAGUAAUUAUCGGGUUACCCUGUGGUCAAGUUCAACCUUGCAGAAUUUGGAAUGUACAAUGUGAUUGGCCAAGCUUGGGAAAGGAAUGUUGUUCUCGGUUGAGCUGGCGUUUGUUGGGAGGGACGAAAUACGAGCUUCCCUAAAAACGCCUACGUGAAAGGCUAACUUUAUAGCCGAUGAUUAGAGGAUGCCAGUUAAGGUAAACUGUAUCUACAAGGACAUGCGGUGACCAGGGACUUAUCCCAGGGAUAUAUAUGUUGAAAGGAUAUGCCCCAGGGCUUGGCAGGUGUGGGCAAAAGUCAUGCCCACGUUAUAGCCAAUGAUGAGAGGAUACUUGUCAAGGUAAACAGUAUCUUCAGAAGAAGCGGAUAAAUUACAAGGACCAGCGACUUAUUCCGGCGCUAUGUUACAUGGCAUCAAGCUCAUUUUGGACCACAUGAUAAGAAAACGCCAGGCCAGUUCAACCUCUUCCAAGGGCGUUUCCCUUAGAAAAUGGAGGAGAGGGCGGAAAAUCCUCCACCCCUCCCAAACGGGGACGAAGAUGAACGCCAAUUAAGAUGUAGAGUAUCUUCCUAGAAGACACACGUGGCGAUCAUAUUACAGUUGGACGAUCCACUGUCAAGCUCCAGUGAUCGUUAUUUUCUAUUAUUUGUGACAUAUCCUCUAAGUAUUCCAUUCAGAGGGCCUUUGAUAUUAAUAGCUCGAGGCAGAUGUACAGCAAUUAAUGUACAGCAUUUUAUUCUACCCGUUUGAUGAUUAGGUAAUGGAGGCUCUUACAGAAGCACUUCAGCCCGCGAUCACAGAUAUCGAGGUCAGUUGGCACCUUCCAGAGGGUUAUGACGUCAUUCAAACGCCACAACUUCUGCCAUUUGUACAGAGCAAUCAGCGACUGGUGAUUUAUGGGAUACUGUACCGACCACCUAGCGAGGAAAAGGAAUCUCCUCGAACACCCUCAAAACGGAAGAUGGAUUGGAGCAUGAGAUCCUUCUCUAACAGCUCGGUCAAAGUAUUUUGGUUCGAAGACGAAUGUGAUCUGUUGUCGGAGGACCAGCUGCUAGCGGAAACGGAAGGUGAAGAGUUAAGGCCAAGUGAAGAUGACUUUGAAGAGGACGCUGAGGAAGGAAAGCUUGUCGAUCAAGAGAGCUUUGACGCGACAAUGGAAAGAAUGCCCGAGUCCGAAACAAUAGAAGCCAUGGCAGAUGGACUUUUGCGUCACAUCUGCAAUGGUUAUAAUGAAGAAACUCUUGGUGAGACGACAGCGCCCUCCGUUCAAGUGGAGAACGACCAAUCAUGCGAGCUGCAUGAGAAGUUAUCUGAAGAGGAGAGGUUUGACCACACAGGAAUACCAAGCCCUACUCCUUGUGCCGGCAAAGAGAAAGAAAAUAACAACACUAGGUACUCAAAAAAUUUCAAACCUCCCGGCUCUCCUAUGAAAGAUGACUUAGCUUUCGAGUUAAAUUUUGGCGCCUUUUUCAAUGACAUAAAACGAGAGUUUGAAGAGAGUGAAGAUUUACAACGUUCCAGUGAUUCCCAAGAGCAGCAUGGCCAGCGGUCGCCGAAACUCGUCCGAGCCCACGAGAGGGACAGCGGUGUAGGCUUCAGCAUUGACGAAAACGACAAGAGUCCAGAUGAGAGCAAAAAGGACGUGGCUGAAAUGGAGUCGGCUGUAAAUGAAGAGCCAAAUGAUUGGUCCCGUGAUAGCAAAAGCCCUGCCUCCGAUAAAUUUGAUCAAGAAAGAGAUUCUGCUGUUCGUAUCUACAAGAACAGCGAAUUUCUUUCGCAACUAGGUGUCCCAGCUGACUUCGGUGCCGUCAACAUCCGGGGAUAUGUUGGAGAAGAGGAAGUGGAACAAGUCAUUCCAUUUCCGGUCAACCGCAGCGGUGGUUCUUCCAAGCGUCCCACAAUCCACCAACUCUUAGCGCGAUCGCUGAUCAGGGAACUGCAGGCGUCACUUGAUUCCCACAAUUCUGAUUCCAUCGAGAUUAUAAAGAGGAUUAGUCAGCUGUCCGGCGUGCACUGCAGGCACACAGCACGAGUGGCACGGGAUCAGUAUUGCUAUGACGACCAAGUGUUAAGCGCUCUUCAGUUCCCUCAAAAGGAAGCCUUCCCCGGCUUAGGGUGAGUUUUUAUGCUAUUUCUGUAUUGUCAUUUAAACUGUUUACCUAGGCGUCUGAUGCCCCAUUCACACCAACUAAACAUAAUUAAUUAAACUAGCUUUUAAGAAAUGAAAACAGAAAACUUAAACAAAGGCUUUUGCACGGAAUUAAAAUUUACUGAGACAUGUUACAAAAUUGCGGUAAAUUUGGAAUCAAGGAAAGUGGAGUAAACAGCUUUUAUAAAGAAAACAAAUUUAAACCAUGUUUAACUGAACAGCUUUUAAACUUGUUUAAACUUUGGCGAGAAUAGGGCGUAAAUUUUUUAAUGUGAAGCACGCUCCACAGGUACGGUUUUCCAUUCGCCACUUAAGGAACGAGAAGGGGACUGGAGCCAAAAUGCGUCCCGCAAUUGUUUCUGGGAUGGUUAUUGGGGCCGCGCCCUUCAGCUAUUUUGCUUUUUUUUCCAUUUUCGUUCGUAACAUCCCAGAAUUCGUUGAAAAAGUUAACUUGGCCCAGUCUCCUUCUCGUUUCUAAAGUGGCGAAUGGUCAAACCUACAAUCACUGACUCAAACUGUAUCCCUCUAAAGUGCGCUUGGAAAUCAUUGGCUAAGAGACUGAGAUUUAAUAGAAUGUCCAUUUUGCAUUGAAAACUCUUUAAGGUGGUGGUCGACUCGUAGUGUUUACUUGGAACUCGAAAUGAGACUUUGCCGUGGCCAGCCCCAUCGUUUGAUCAUUGGGAAUUGCGCUCUGGACAGCUAUUGUUUGGAGGUCACUGUGGCAAAUCGUUGCAGUGAGUUUCGUACGCGCCAAUGCCAAACAGCCAAUUCCCAAUGCCCAAAGCAACCUUUAUUGAAUCAGCUAUAUAGAGCGGUUUUCACUUGACUGUCGUAAAACCAAAACCAAAGUAAAUACACUAGCCAACUAAAGGGCGUAGUAAAACCAAAACCAAAACCAAAACCAAUCCCUUUCGACAGUCAAGUGAAAACCGCUCUAUAAUCAGUAGUGUUUUUUAAUUUAGUGUAAUAGGCAUUCCAAAGCUGUUUGAUUUAUUUUAUGAACUUAACAUGGCAUGGAUUGUGAAACUAAACUAAACUGUUUUAUCGUUUCCUUAAACAGAAACCGGAAAGUAUAUGUCCCAGAGCGAGGCUUUGGCCUCACGGAGGGCCUGGGUCGACGGCUUCCCAGCCCCGAUGGAAGUGAUCACGACCUGUCGCCAUAUCUUGCCGAAGGUGGUAAUGACCUUACAGUCGAAUCCGGAGAAGAGCCUGUUGAUUUUUAUCGUCUGGAACGAACUGGUGAGUAACGCAUAUACUUGGCAGAUUAUCCGUUUGUUCACUUGUCUUACCCAUGUAAUGGGAAUUCAAGACAGUCUUGGAUUGUGGAUUGUACGCCGUAAAUUCAGGAUUCCCGGUACUGGACACCGGAUUCUUUAUCCGUGGAACUUGGAUUCUGGAUUCCAAUCGUGAGUGGGAUUCCGUAUUCCUUGAGCUGUAUUCCGGAUUCCAAAGCCAAGGAUUUCAUUUUCCACAAGCAAAAAUUUCCCGGUAUCCGGAAUCCUUAUUCUCUUACAUGGGGCUGUCAGCUGCCUCAUAGUUUGUAGUGUGUCAGGACGUGACUUGAUACCAUGGCAUAAUCAUAGGUCCUCAUGAUCUGCUGAUGUUGUAGACCGUACUUGACCCACGUAGGUACAAGCCAAAAGCUGGGAGGAGAUGGCUGCAACAAAAGCAAACGUUUCUUCAAAUUUCCUUUAAUCUUCUACAGAGAAGUGAAGACACGAGAGAAUUUAAAAGCCACAAAAGCAACACAUAAGAACCCUAAGGUCAAAUUAUUUUUCCAAAAAUGAGACGUUGGUGUACAAUGAAGUGCAAAAACAAAAACUUCAAAGCGCAAAACUACCCGAAUCUUAACAUUUUGUCUUGUUUUUUUGUUUUGCUUUGUUCUUUUGAGAAUCUGAAGUUGUUUUGUUUUGUUUUUUUAGGUGUGUGUGUGCUUUUAUGUUGUUGUUGUUGUUUUAAUUUUUAUUUUGGACCUUCUAGUUCAAGUUACAUAAAACGUAACGUCGGACGUGUCAGCUAACGUCCUUGUUUUAACACCAAAGGUUAGCAGUUAUGUCGAACGUUACAUUUUUUGCAACUGGUCCGUCGACCUCCAACUGCAACUACGUGACAAUCUGCAUGGAAAGUUGAAUAGCAAAAUUCAAUUAGAACAUAGGCAGGCAUUGUAAAAAAAACCUCAUCGUAUGCAAAGAAUUGAGCUUUAAUUUUCAAAGCGAAUCCCGUUUCUUUUGUAGGCACACCAGAGAGUCAAAGUGAAGACGCUGGAUCGCGAAAAGAAGUCGACUCUUGUACAAAUUCUCCCAGCAAAAGCCCACGAAAGCACAUCCCACCUUUGUCUACGAGAUGUGUCCUGGGAGAAAGGCAACAAAAUCCGUCCAAAUUUAGAGCCAAGUUACUCACGUCCAGUAACAGUCUUGAUAGCUACUUGGAGGCUGGCACGAGGAAACAUUUGUCCUUUGUGCGCAUGAUCAGUCUACAGUCUGCCCAGGGGAGCUGGAACCUAGACUGCUCUUUCGCCGAAGUUCUUGGCUUUCCGUUGCCCGAAAUUCAGGCAUCAUCACCGCUGGCUGACAACUCGGUUUACAUCGCAGAAGAUCUUCGGGAGUUAAUGACCUCCGACAAAUGCGACAACAGCUCACAGCUCUGGGCCACUGCACUUGCGUUAAGCUGGUUUCAUCGCAAAAGGUGCCAAUUUGAGGCCGAGUGGACCCUCUCGGUCAAAAAAGCUGAAGAAUGGAUGCACAGGGCACCCUGCCCUCGAGGGUUUUUACCCGAGGAUUUGAAGACAUUAGCUUACCAAGCACUCCUGUUACUUGAGACAGAAACCCGAAGAGCUAGGAGUGCCUCAGUUGAUGCCACACCGCGGAACAAAGAAGAUGGAUGUGACUGACGUUGGACUGUGUCAUUAGGGACGGCAACGGCGACAAAAACGUCACUUAAAAAACGAAUUUGUGCUGCUUCAAACGUUAUCGCGUUUUUUCUUUCUCUUUUCAGUUCGUCAAAUGUUGGCAAAUUUUUCCGGAGUUGAAUUCUAAGACUUUAUCGAGGUUCAGGAAAGGAAAAAGAAAAGCGUUGUCUCAUGUUAAGUGCACCUCCUCCACAAAACGUG